GAGAACAUACAACAAUUGUCCACAAGGAUCUUGUCUCUGUUUCUCGACUUAUGCUUUUGGCAGCUACAACAAGAUAGGGAUAGGCUUCAUUUUCUCCCAAGAGAAGAGAAAAACGACCAAUGCUUCUAACUUACAAGGCAACAGAGACACUGCCACUGAAGUGAAGAGUGUGAUUAAAUCAGUGAAGUAGUUGUUAUAGCAGUGAAGUGGAGAGUGGCACAAACAUGAUGACAAUGAAGCUGUUUUUGAUUGCAUUUGUUUUUACAUGCUUAGUUUCUGGGAUUGUCUCCUCAAGAUCUGUGCUUUCUGACUUAGAAAACGAUGCUGUCUCAGCAAAGCCUUUCUCCUCACCACAACCUAUUAUGGUUAACCUCACUCUUAUUCAAGGAGCUGAUUCUAAAGGAGCUGUUUGUUUAGAUGGAACAUUGCCUGGUUACCAUUUGGACAGUGGAUUUGGAUCUGGUGCAAAUAGCUGGCUUAUUCAUUUGGAGGGAGGAGGAUGGUGUGACACCGUUAGAAACUGUGUUUAUAGAAAAAGGACUCGUCGAGGUUCCUCUAAAUACAUGGAAAAUCAAAUACAAUUCACAGGAAUAUUGAGCAAUAAAGCUGAAGAAAACCCUGAUUUCUAUAACUGGAACAGAGUUAAAUUAAGGUACUGUGAUGGAGCAUCCUUCAGUGGAGAUAGUGAAAAUGAGUCAGCAGAACUUCAAUUUCGAGGACAAAAAAUCUGGCUAGCUGCAGUUGAGGAAUUAAUGUCCAAAGGAAUGCAGGAAGCCAACCAGGCCCUUCUCUCUGGAUGCUCAGCGGGUGGUUUGGCAUCCAUAAUUCAUUGUGAUGAGUUCCAGAGCUUGUUUCCAAAUUCUACCAAAGUAAAAUGUUUGAGUGAUGCAGGGUUUUUUAUUGAUGCAGCUGAUGUAUCUGGUGGACGCACGUUGAGGAGUCUGUUUGAAGGAGUAGUUCAGCUACAGUGGGCUGUUUUGAAAUUGCAGGAAGUUCAAAAAAAUCUGCCUAAGAGUUGUCUCAACCAACAGGACGCAACUUCGUGCUUCUUUCCUCAAAACAUUGUCCAACAUCUUGAGACACCAUUGUUUCUACUCAAUGCUGCAUAUGAUGCAUGGCAGGUCCUAGCCAGUUUAGCCCCACCAUCUGCUGACCCCCUUGGCUUUUGGAGUGACUGCAGAUCAAACCAUGCAAAUUGUAACUCAUCUCAAAUUCAGUUCCUUCAAGACUUCAGAAAUCAAAUGCUAGAUGACGUGAAAAACUUCUCAAAUUCAUCUGAAAGUGGACUUUUCAUAAAUUCUUGUUUUUCUCAUUGCCAGUCUGAGAGACAGGAGACAUGGUUUGCGGAUGACUCUCCCCUUAUAGGGGACAAGCCAAUUGCUAUUGCUGUUGGAGACUGGUAUUUCGAUCGAGAAGCUGUCAAAUCUAUUGACUGUGCUUACCCCUGUGGCAACAAUUGCCAUAAUCUGGUCUUUAAUUGAGUCAAAUUUUGUUGUCACUUGAUAUGGUAAAAUAUGGCAUUUACACGUUCAUCCUUGUAAUUGCAAUUUGUGUAUUUGGCAUUCAUUAAUUGUUAUGGAAGACCAUUCUUGGCUGAGGAUCAUGUAAUUGAUCAUCUAUCAUCUAAAUUAGUAUAAUCGAAUAUAGAAACAUUCAAUUAAGAUGAUAAA